UGCUUUCUUUCCCGUUUGGAGCGUCGUCAGGUCAACUCUUUUUUUUUUUUUGUCGAUUGUCAAUUGUCAUUUUAUUUUUAUCAAUCAUUAAUUGAAUUUACAAAUACAGUUGAUUGCACAAACACAAAUUAAAUAGCUGAUCGACAAUGGAGAAAAAAUGUUCCUGUAAAUGUUGGGGUCAUUUUCCUGAGAAUGCCUUAGGAGGUUGGGAGAAAACAUGGAUGAAUUUAAGAAAGAAAUUUCUUAAAAAAAAGACAUUUUAUACUAGAUUUGUAAUUAUGCGAAAACUUAUAGCUAAAAGAGCUUCUGAAAAUCAUGGUGACAGUAAUUGUGAUCUCCUGAUAAUGGAAAAAACAAUUGCUGAUUCAGUGUCUUGGCGAACAACUGGUAACAAAAAAUUCCAUCAAAUUUCAAAAAGAGGGAAUUACCUGAGCGAAUCAAUUGAAGCAUACACCAAGAGUAUUGCUUUUGCACCAAUUGGAUCCAGUGAAUUGUCAUUGGCUUAUGCAAAUCGUUCAGCUGUAUUAUUCAAAGCUAGACUCUAUCAAGAUUGUCUUCUUGAUAUUGAACGUGCAUUGAAAUCAGGCUAUCCAGAUGAAUUAAAAACAAAAGUAUUUUUACGUCAAGCAUUCUCUUUCAAGGCUUUGGAUCCAAGCUUUAAUAUUGAGCCAAGUGAUUCAAUGGCCAAUGCAAUGCAGUGGCUUCCAAAUUUAAAAAAAAAUUGCCCAUACUACAACAUCAAAGCUGAAUGUUCAAAGAUGAUGAAUCAACUUGAAGAACCACUUGAUACAAACACUGUUAAAUUUACUCCAACAAUUAAAAAUAAUAAUUCAAUAAUAGUUGGUGGAUCUGAUGCAAUUGAAUUGAAAAAAACAAAUGACAAUAAACAACAUAUUUUUGCAACAAGAAACAUCAAAUCUGGUGAAUUUAUUUACAUCAAUAAACCAUUUGAAAUGAUUGCUUGUGAUGAUGAUCGUUACAAGACUUGUUGGCAUUGUUGUCGACAAACUUGGGCUGGUAUACCAUGUGACCAAUGUCCAAAUGUUGUAUUUUGUUCACCAGAAUGCAAAGAUUCAGCAUGGAAUGAAUAUCAUGAUAUUGAAUGUCCAGCUUUGAGUUAUUCAAAGAUAGUCAAAUUUCAUCAUGAAGAUGAUUGGCGAUUCCAAUUGACAAUUAAAAUAUUAUCAAAAGCACUCAAAGCUGCUGGUGGUAUUGCACAAUUAAAGCAAAAAAUUGAUGAUGUUGAUUCAAUGGAAGAUAAAUCAAUGAUUUAUACUGAUGAUAUAUUUGAUGUUAAUACUAUCGAUAAUUUUCAUCGUCUUAAAUACGACAAGUCAGCAUUUGAUCAAUGUUCAUUUGAACGGACAACUCGAAUUUUAUCACUUGUUCUAAUGUUUGGUCUUCAAACAAAUAUUUUCGGUCGAAAAAUGGAAGUUGUUGAUACCUGUUCAAAUGAAGAUGCAUUGGCUUUGGGAGUUUUAAUAGCCAGAUAUUUCGUGAUUGUUGAUUACAAUGUUUUAUAUAUUCUUGCUGAUGAAGAGUCGGAUGAUAAUGACCCUACACAUGCUCUUAUAAUGCCAAUUCAAAACAUGUUCGUGAAAGAUUGUGAACAUGAUGUCAACUGGUACGACUAUGGACAAAAUGUUGCAUUUUUUGCUGCAAAACCAAUUAAAAAAGGCGAAGAGAUAAAAAUGUUUGCAAUUGGUAUUAACCAGGCCAAGGAAUUAAUUGAAAAUAAAAUAAAACUUGCAAGAUAUGGUAAUGAGCUAUGCGAGUGUUCAGUAUGUGUCAAAGAUUUACCAGCACUGGAAGAUCUUCCAUCUUACAAGAGUUUUAAGCAAUCAAAAAAAGUUCGAAAAGAAUUGAAUCGUAUCAUGAGAGAAGCAGAUGAUUAUUUUGAGAUCAUUGCCGAGGCAGACCCUGAAAAAUUGCUUGAAAUAAAAGACACAUAUGCUGAAAUGACUGAUAAAAUUUAUGGUCAUAAUACUGGUUUUUGUCGUGAAACUUGGUGGUUUCAAGAUAUGCUGCAACGUUUAUAUCAACAACUCAGCGUUCCACGUCGUAUUAUUCAAUAAUUAUUUAAUGAAAGAAAAAAAAAAAAUACUUGAUAUUACUUUGUACUUUUUUAAAAUAUUUUUUUAUAUUUCUCAUAGCAUAAUAUAAUAUUUUUUCUUUGUUUUA